AUGGAAGGCCUCAGUGCCAGAGCAGUCCUAGGGGUUGCUCAGAUCAGGAGCAUCCUCCUGAUUGUGGCAUUUGUCAGCGUGCAGCUGCACACUGACGGAGUCUUGGUUGGAGUAAACUUGAAGCACAGUGCUACCAUGAUUGAGCAACUUGCUGCUGCAGUUUGCACCAUGUAUGGCACUGUUUAUUCCACCUAUUUCAUUACCAGCCUGGCAAGUCACCUGAAGCGUGUAUUCAGAGGUGCUGAUCCUGAGAUCACAGAACCAACAGCAGUCUCUCCCCUGGCUCCCUCUGCUCAUGGAGAGGAGGCCGAAGAGGAGGCAAAUGAGGUGGAUGAGCGCCAGCCUCCAGCUGUGCUCACAGCACAGCCUGAACAUUCUGAGCCAGUGCUUCUAGAGAAAGAGCAGGAGCACACUGCCUCAUCUGAGCUGCCAUGCCAGACUCAGGGAGAGCUGUUCGCAGCCCGAGAGCAGGAAGAGCAGCUCAGGCAGCAGGUGGAAGAGCCACAGGAGAAUGGCCAGAACAUCAAGGCAGAGCCACAAGCAGAGCUGCCUGAAGGUCAGAGUGCCAUCAUGGCAGUGAAGAGGAGGAAUGAAGACAUCCAAGAGGAGAAGAAUCUCCCUAGGCACAGGGGUAAUCAAAAACAGGUGAAUGAAGGAAUGGCAGCCACUCCACUCAUGAGAGAGAAUCCUUUCCAUUGUUGUUUACAGAAAAUUGAUAAACAGAUGCAGGCACAGCUGCAGGAAACUGAGGCUAGGACCAAGGCAAGGAAGAAGAGGCCAGACGAAAAAAUUAAAAUUAUCAAAGAGAAAAUGAAUUGCCUCCUUCAGGAGCAAAAGGCUCUAGAAAAGCAAGUGGCCAUCAAGAAAAUACAGCUUCAAGGACUGAGGAAGAAGGAACUAAAAGUCAACAAACUCAUGGUCGUGAAGGUGAACAGGAAUCCCAACCUGGUCAACUGUUUAGACAGCUACCUUGUGGGUGAGGAACUGUCCCUGGUUAUGGAGUACAUGGAUGGAGGUGUCCUGAGCGACAUCAUCAGCCAGACCUGCCUGUCUGAAGAUGAGAUGGCAGCCAUCAGUCGGGAGUGCCUGCAAGGACUGGAUUUUCUUCAUUCAAACCAUGUCAUCCACCAAGAUGUGAAGAGCAGCAACAUCCUUCUCAGAACUGACGGUUCUGUCAAGCUGGCUGACUUUGGCCUCUUUGCUCAGCUCAGCCCUGAGCAGGGCAGACGGAGCUCCGUGGCCGGCGCUGCUGGGUGGCUGGCGCCUGAAGUGGUGACAGGUCAACCAUGUGGCCCCAAAGUGGACAUAUGGUCUUUGGGAAUCGUGGGCAUCGAAAUAGUGGAACGAGAAGUUCCUUCCUGGAAUGCAACUCCUGUCUUGCCCCAACUCCUGAUAGCCACAGGAGGAAGACAAAAGCUGCAGCAGCCCAACCUAUUUUCAUCUUGCCUGCGUGACUUCCUGAGCUGCUGCCUGCAGAGAGACGAGGUGCGGCGCUGGUCUGCCAAGGAGCUCCUGCAGCAUCCAUUUGUAAGAUUUGCUGAGCCUGCGUCCAGCCUGGUGCCACUGAUUGUUUCAGUGAAGAAGAGGAAGGAGACAAGAAUGUGA